CAAUACUUGAAUCUGAUUGGCUGUUGGGUUCUUUGAGUUUUCAAAAUCGAGGCUGACGGAGCUGUCAAAACAUGCAGAGGAGCAGAGCGUGACUGUGCUGCGGGCUGAAGCCAUGAGGACGAGUGAGUUUGACUCCUCAUCUGAAGAGGAGGAGGUCGGAGAGGAGCAGCUGACGCCCUUCCACAUCUCCUGGGUACCUCUGUCCAUAGUGGAGUGCUCGCAGUUUCUUGGGAUAUGUGCACUACCAGGUUGCAAAUACAAAGAGAUCCGCAGGAGUCUGCAAAGAGACGUUGAGGAGCUUCAGAACCAGGGGGUACAAGAGGUGUUUGUUUUCUGCACCAGAGGGGAACUGAACAAGUACAGGGUUCCCUCCCUGCUGGAGGUCUACCAGCAGCAGGGCUUCACAGUUCACCACAUGCCCUUCCCAGACGGAGACGCUCCUGAGCUGGAGCAGUGCUGCAGGAUCCUCGAGGAGCUGCAGGUCAGCCUCGAGAACAACAGGAGGACAGUGAUCCACUGUUUCGGAGGCCUCGGACGCUCUGCAUUAAUCGCCGCCUGUCUGCUGCUUCAGCUCUCUUCAACAAUGACAGCAAACAAAGCCAUCGAAAUCCUCCGGGAGCACAGAGGAGGAGGAGCAAUACAAACUGUGAAGCAAUACAACUUCCUCCACGAGUUUCAAGAAAGGUACACAGCGUACCAAGAGAGCAGAGAGGUUUCCACGGAGCGCUCAGUGUCUCGGUGAUCGCCGCUUCUCUCAUUCAAAUCGUGACUCGUGAAAAUAUCGAUCCCUUCAAACUUGCUUUUCUGUCAGUGAUUCUUCUUUUGAUUGUGUGUGUGUGAUAUAAUUGUAUUCUCUAAUGAUUGCACUUUAACAGAAUACUCUAAUAUAUUGCUUUUUGUCAUCCUCAUUAUAAUGGAAUAAAGACGUGAUGAGGAAACC